UGGGCGGGGCAGCCUCUGCCGCCCCGCAUCCAGCCCGGUGAAGCCGGAAGCGAGGACGCGGCCGUUCGGGAUGCGGGUGACGGUUGACUUCGAGGAAUGCCUGAAGGACUCGCCCCGCUUCCGGGCUGCCCUAGAAGAUGUGGAAGGAGACGUCUCGGAGCUGGAGGUGAAGCUGGACAAGCUGGUGAAGCUCUGCAUUGCCAUGAUUGAUACUGGGAAGGCCUUUUGUCUGGCAAACAAGCAGUUCAUCCACGGCCUCCGGGAUCUGGCCCAUUACUCGAGCAAGGAUGACCUGGUGGAGGGCAGCUUGACAAAGUUCUCCGACAGCCUCCAGGAGAUGAUCAAUUACCACACGAUCCUGUUUGACCAGACCCAGAGGUCCAUCAAAGCACAACUCCAGAUGUUCGUUAAAGAGGGGCUGCCUGACCUCCACCCAGCACGGAGGGGGGGGGGGGGUUUUCCCACUCUCUCCUUUCCUGACUCAAUGAAGCAAAGGGAUUUUCUUCUCUCCCAGAUCAACGUCCUUCAGUCCAAGAAGAGAUCGGAGAUCCUGAAAUCGAUGCUCUCCGUCAUGUGUGCUCACCUGGCCUUCUUCCACCAAGGCUACGAUCUGUUCAGUGAACUGGGGCCCUACAUGAAGGAGCUGGGUGCUCAGCUGGACCUUCUGGGUCUGGACGCGGCCAGGGAGAAGAAGGAGAUGGAGCAGAAGCAUUCCACCAUCCAGCAGAAGGACUUCUCCAGCGACGAGAUGAAGCUGGAGUACAACGUUGAUGCGGUGAACGGCAUUGUCAUGGAGGGCUACCUCUUCAAGCGAGCCAGUAACGCUUUCAAGACCUGGAACAGGCGCUGGUUCUCCAUCCAGAACAACCAGCUGGUCUACCAGAAGAAGUUCAGGGAUGCGCCCACCGUGGUGGUGGAAGACCUGCGCUUGUGCACAGUGAAGCCCUGUGAGGACCUAGAGAGGCGCUUCUGCUUCGAAGUGGUCUCCCCGACCAAGAGCUGCAUCCUGCAGGCUGAUUCGGAGAAGCUGCGCCAGGCGUGGAUCCAGGCUGUGCAGACCAGCAUCGCCAGUGCCUACAGGGAGAAGGGGGAGGAGGCCGAGGUGGAGAGGAAGCGGCCCCCCUCCACAGGGAGCCCCGAGUGCAGCCAGGAGUCCAGAGAGAAGUCGCUGAAGGGGGAAGGCUCCCUCCAGAGGGUCCAGGCCAUUGCCGGCAACGCCGCGUGCUGCGAUUGUGGCCAGGCGGACCCCCGCUGGGCCAGCAUCAACCUUGGCAUCACACUCUGCAUUGAGUGCUCGGGCAUUCACAGGAGCCUGGGCGUCCACUUCUCCAAGGUCCGGUCCUUGACGCUGGACUCGUGGGAGCCAGAGCUUUUGAAGCUGAUGUGUGAAUUGGGAAACAGUGUCAUAAACAGGGUGUAUGAAGCAAACAGAGAAAAAAUGGGAGCCAAGAAGCCCCAUCCUGGAAGCCAAAGGCAGGAGAAGGAAGAGUACAUCAGAGCCAAGUAUGUGGACCGCCGGUUUGUGUCCCCUGCUGACCCAGCCCUGACCCCCAGCCAAGAGGUGGUGAAGCAAGUCAGCCCUGGAACCACAGCCGCCCCUUCGAAAGUCCCCAGCGCCCGCCGCUUUUUUUUUUACCCGCCCGGCAAAGGGGAGAUCAAAGAGAUUUUGGCAGCCGUGGCCCCAGCUGGCAUCUUGCAUGAACCAGGGGGAGAAAGCCAGGGGGAGGCCGCCUCGGCUGCUGCUGCUGCUUCCCAGGAUGCCAGGAUGCGGGUCGCAAGGCUGCAGCUGUACCAGGCGGCCUACCAGAAGAGCCUCCCCCGCAUGGCCGAAGCCCUGGCUCAGGGGGCAGGCGUCAACUGGAGCAACCGGGAGAAGAACGGCUUCACUCCGCUGAUCCAGGCGGUUCGUGGGGGCUCCCUGGUCACCUGUGAGUUCCUCCUCCAGAACGGGGCCAACGUGAACCUGAGAGACGCCCAGGGCCGAGGGCCGCUGCACCAUGCCACCCUUUUGGGGCACACCGGGCAGGUGUGCCUGUUCCUGAAAAGGGGGGCAAACCAGCAUGCCAGGGACGAGGAUGGGAAGGACCCCUUGAGCGUCGCCAUAGAAGCCGCCAACGCCGAUAUCGUGACCCUGCUGCGCUUGGCCAGAAUGAACGAGGAGAUGCGUGAGUCGGAGGGCCUCUACGGCCAGCCAGGAGAUGAAACCUACCAGGACAUCUUUCGGGACUUCUCCCAGAUGGCCUCCAAUAAUCCAGAAAAGCUCAAGCGCUUCCAGCCACCGGACACACCGGAGCCCUGAAAGGCCCAAGGGCUGCAACGAAUGAGCUCUCCACCCCCCACCCCCCAUGUAUCCUUAUUCCCCUCCCCCUUUUUAUACAUAAACCUGCUUCG